AUGGCGAACAAUAUCCCCGCGGCGCUCCGAUCUGCCGAUAUCGGUCGCUUUGCCCUCAGGGCUGUGCAAAUCGAAAAGGCCAAGCCGGUCGUGGCCUAUUGGUGCAAUUUCCAUAUUGUGAACAAAAUUAUUGAACGAGGCCUCCAUAACUCAGAUGAUGAAAUCAAAUCAUAUACCACAGACUUGGUGGAUAAGCUUGAACAGUUCAAGAGCGAGAAUCAGGAAAACGAGACUAUAUCGGAUAAUAUUGCCGCAAGCGCAUAUGUCGAGCAAUUUGGGCUGGAGGUCUUCAAUCGCGCUGAGGCGGCCAUGACCGCCAACAAAGUCACCAAACAAACAGCAGAUACAUUCCAAGCCGCGGCGACAUUCCUUGAGCUCUGCCAAAUCUGGGGAGAUUUUGACCCGGAGGUUGCAGGAAGAAUCAAAUUCGCCAAGUACCACGCCGUUCGAAUUGUGAAGGCUAUCAAGGCUGGAGAGGAUCCCAAUGCAACUAAUCCCGCGCCACAAGAAGAGCAGGAAGUCAAUAUUGCCGAUCCAGAAGUUCAAGCGUUCGAUGAAGGAGUAGCAGAGCAGGCCUCAAUGCCAAGACAAGCAUCUGUCGAGGAGAUUCCGGACGAGGCAGACCGUUUGGGACGACAAAUGGCCAACCAGUCGUCUUUGGACGAGUCGCUCCAUCCAUCUCGAGCAUCCUCCAUGCCGCGAGCCCCAGAAUCAUCUGUACCUGAGAUUCCUUCCGUCCCUAGCAAUGCACCUGGGACUCUAGGACAGAAGAUGGAUAUCGAUGACCAGCAACCAGGAGGACUCGAGCUGCCCUCCGCCCCCGGCACAAUCGGCGGAUCAAGCUACGUCCGAAACCUUCCAGACACACCUAGAUCUUCUCACGCCGCCGCGCCUCAUAUCACACGCCAGUCCAAUACUUUCCAGUCAUUCCCACCGCCGGCCGAUAGCCCCUCAGUGCCUGCCCCAGACCCUGCCUCGUUCUAUGAUCCAACAAGUGCUAGUGCUCAUAUCCCACCCCCGGCAUCCUCGCCUUCUGUUCCGUCUACAUCUGUGCAGGGUAACGCUCCGCCUGCUCCUCUGCCUGCAGCAACGAGUCAACCUUCCCACUCGGUGGACGAUAAUUCCAUUUCCCUGGCGCAGAAACAUGCCCGGUGGGCAGUGUCUGCGCUGACAUUCGACGAUGUCGACACGGCAGUCAAGGAGUUGAAGAAUUCUCUGAAAUACCUGGGCGCUUCAUGA